UGUCUCUUUUAGUUUGCGAUACCCGCCGCGAGUUGCGCGGCUGAUCUUUGAUAUUCCUUUUGCCUUUUCUCGACCUCAUCGAACACGCAACGGCUGGUCUGUGUCUUGAGGUUUCUUCGACAUCCGAACGUCGCUUGGGCGAAGGAAGUAACCCCUUUUGGCCGGUCAAAUGGGGCUGCCAGAGGAUUAUGGCCCGACUAUCAACGCGGUUAUCUGGUCUCAGGUCGGAGCGUCAUUAUUCUUCCUUUGCCUGCGAUUGUACUGCAAAUUCAAGAAGCGCAGUGGACUAUGGUGGGACGAUCAUGUUCUCAUAGCAUCUUGGGUCACAUUGAUGAUUGCAUCAGCAUUGACAACAUGGAAUGUGUCCCACGGUUUCGGCAAACACGUAUACCAAAUCAAUCCAGUAAACUUCCCCCAGAUUGGCCUGAACGGCAACGUCAUCAGCACGAUAUCGAUUACAUCGGCAGUCUGGAGCAAGACCUCUUUCGCGAUGACAUUACUUCGAAUCGAAGAGAAGGGUUGGACAAAGAACUUGAUAUGGGGUGCGAUUAUUUCAAUGAACGUCCUCAUGGGCCUCAACGCGAUGGCUGCUUGGGUGCAAUGUACCCCGAUUGAGAAGUACUGGCUCCCCCAGACACCGGGGAAGUGCUGGAGCCCGAAGGUAGCAGCUUACUAUGGAGUCUUUGCUGCAGGAUAUUCUGCCCUGAUGGACAUACUUCUCGCCAUGCUUCCUUGGAAGUUAUUCUGGGGACUUCAAAUGAAGAUGAAGGAAAAGGUUGGUGUCGGUAUUGCCAUGAGCAUGGGACUAUUCGCAGGCGGGACCUCCAUUGUCAAGUGCACCACGAUUCCUACUCUCUUUUCCGGAGACUUUACCUAUGAUGGUAGCGAUCUUGUCAUUUGGGGAACUGUGGAGUCAGGUGUAACUAUCAUGGCGGCCUCAAUUCCCGUUCUACGCGUUCUCAUCCGCGAUGUUGCAAGUACUGCUCGCAAGUACUAUGGUAACUCAGGUACACGUACCAAUGGAUCUCGAUCCGGUGGCGGCCUCACGCGUACCAACACAGUAACAGUUACGACUUCGACAACACGCAAGGGUUCUAUCAGGAGGAAGUGGGACAAGCUCGCCGAUGAUCGGAGCGAUAAAAGCAUACUUGGGGUCAAGCCGGAACCGGGGUUCGGCAAGAUCGUCAGGACGAAUGAGAUUGUCGUGCAGUAUGACACGAGGAGCAACGUUGAAGGGCAUAAUGGAAGCUAUGAGAUGGAUCAGAUGGAUCGAAUGAACCGCAUGGUAUAA